AUGGCUUCUAACCUCCACAUUUUCGACCCCAUCACUGAUGAGGAAAUAAACUGGACAUCCAAGUUGUUGAAAGAUUUGAAUGGUGACGCUAAACUUCACUUCAUUCAAAUUGAUAGAUUGGACCCACCUAAAAAGCAAGCGAUUGAAUACUUGAACAUCGAGCGUUAUGGGGGAGGAGAGCUACCAUAUAUUCCAAGAAGAACAUAUGCGUAUUACUACAAGAAUGACAAAAUGCCCUUGUACAAGGCGUUAGUGAAUGUCUCUGACAAGCGUAUUAUCGCAAAUCAAGAGACGCCCGAAGGAACAAUUGGUCCCCUUCUCCCAGAUGACAUGCUCGCUGUAGAGGAUGCUGUCAUGACACACCCUAUUGUUAAGGCUGAAAUUGAGAAGUUGCAGCUCGAGAAAGUAUUCUACAACCAUAGCAAGCUCGGGAAAUUGGGUUACAAAGUUGUCUGCGAGCCUUGGAUGUAUGGUACAGAUUCUCCUGAUGACAAGAUUCCUAUGAUCCAGGCCUAUAUGUACUUGAAGUUGGAUCACCCUGAUGCUAAUCAUUAUUCGAUCCCAUUGAAGUUUUCUCCAGUGUUCGAGUAUUUGACUCAUAAGUUUGUCAGAAUCGAUUAUUUGCCCAGUGGUGCUGACGAGAAAUUCGUGAAGGACACUUUGCCCUACAAGCCUCUACCAACUGUUGAAUACCACCCUGAUGUCAUGGAGGAUGUGGGUGUUAGAGAAAACUUGAAGCCAUUGAUCAUCUCCCAGCCAGAGGGUGCCUCUUUUGACGUUCAGGGCUCUAAGAUUACAUGGCAAGGCUGGGAAUUCAGGGUCGCUACCAACGUCAGAGAAGGUUUUGCCUUGUACGAUGUCUUUUUUAAGGGCAGAUCGUUGUUCUAUCGUGUUGCGUUGAAUGAGAUGACAGUUCCUUAUGGUGACGGUAGACCACCUUUCCAUAGAAAGCAAGCUUUUGAUUUGGGUGAUUGUGGUUUCGGUAACACUGCGAACUCCUUAGCUUUGGGCUGUCAUUGUUUGGGUGUCGUUAAAUAUCUCGACACCAGAAGAGCAGACAGAGACGGUAAGCCUGUUCUUAUCCCAUCGACAAUUUGCAUGCAUGAACAAGAUUACGGUUUAUUGUUCCUCCACCAAAACUACAGAACUGGCAGCAAUGUUGUGACUCGUAGAAGAGAGUUCGUUAUUCAGACUAUUGCCACUGUUGCAAACUACGAAUAUAUUGUUAACUUGAUCUUUGACCAGGCAGGUGCCAUCACUGUUCAAGUGAGAGCAACUGGUAUUCUCUCGACCAUGCCAAACGACGAAAACAAUGUAACUGAUUUCGGCACGAUUGUGGGACCGGGUGUGACUGCCGCAUACCAUCAACAUUUGUUAUCUUUUAGAUUUGACACGCGUAUUGAUGGUGACAAUAAUACUGUGGUUUACGACGAUUAUGUACCAAUGGAAGAUGACACUCCUAUCAACACUUAUAAUGUCGGUUAUCGCCAGGUAAGAAACUACGUCGAAAAAUCCGGAUCGGUUGACCAAUCUCCAUUCACAAACAGAACAUACAAGGUCAUUAACGAAAAUUCUAUUAACCCAGUUACUUUGAAACCUGUCGGUUACAAAUUUGAAAUGCCUGCUAGACAAAUGAUCAUCGCAUCGGAAAAGUCUUACAAUGUUAAGAGAGCACACUAUGCUACCAAGCAAUUAUGGGUCACUAAGUACAGAGAUGAUGAAUUGUAUGCUGCCGGUGAGUUCACGAACCAGUCUCAGCAUGACACUGGUCUCUCGAAGUGGGCGAAUGGUGAAGACAGUGUAAGAAACACCGACACAGUUGUCUGGGCAACUUUGGCUUUGACUCAUCCUCCUGUUACUGAACAAUUCCCUGUUAUGACAUCAGACUUCCUACAAUUCUUGGUGACACCUGCUUCCUUCUUUACUAAGAAUCCUGCCUUGGACAUUCCAUUGGCCACCAACAAGUUCAACAAGUCUGUCUAUUAUGAAGAUGCUCAAAAGGCUGCUGGUUGUCCUUCUGAAGCUCCUUCAUCUGGGUCCUGCUGUAAGAGCAACAUAUGA